AUGUCCACCAAGGUACUGAGAGCCCCAAGGGUGGCGGCCAUCCUGGCCGUCGUCCUAGCGGCGGUGCUGUCCACGGCCGCCCGCGCCCAGCAGUGCGGCUCGCAGGCCGGCGGAGCGACGUGCCCGAACUGCCUCUGCUGCAGCCGCUUCGGUUACUGCGGCAGCACCUCCGACUACUGUGGCGCCGGCUGCCAGAGCCAGUGCAGCGGCUGCGGCCCCACCCCUCCCGGACCCAGCCCCGGCGGCGGCGUGUCGUCCAUCAUCUCCAGGGACAUCUUCGAGCAGUUCCUGCUCCACAGCAGCCAAUGCACAGAUGCCGGCGGGUUCUACACGUACGACGCAUUCCUGGCCGCCGCCGCCGCGUUCCCGGCCUUCGGCACCACGGGGAGCACCGAGACGCGGAAGCAGGAGGUGGCAGCCUUCUUCGGGCAGACCUCCCAUGAGACCACCGGCGGGUGGGCCACCGCGCCCGACGGCCCCUACUCCUGGGGAUACUGCUACAAGCGGGAGCUGGGCUCACCGCCCGACUACUGCCAGCCAUCGUCGGAGUGGCCGUGCGCGCAAGGAAGGCAGUACUACGGCCGCGGCCCCAUCAUGCUCUCCUGGAACUACAACUACGGCCCGGCGGGGCGCGCCAUCGGCGUGGACCUGCUCAACAACCCGGACCUUGUGGCCACAGAUGCCACGGUGUCGUUCGAGACGGCGUUGUGGUUCUGGAUGACGCCGCAGGCAAACAAGCCAUCAUCCCACGCCGUGAUCACGGGCCAGUGGACGCCGACGGCCGCAGACAACGCGGCCGGAAGGGUGCCCGGGUACGGCGUCAUCACCAACAUCAUCAACGGCGGGCUCGAGUGCGGCAGGGGGCAGGACAGCCGUGUUGCCGACCGGAUCGGGUUCUACCAGCGCUACUGCAACAUCCUUGGCGUCGGAUACGGGAGCAACCUCGACUGCUACAACAAGAGGCCCUUCGUCGAGGGGCUUUUGAUUCAGCUAGUGACGGAGUAA